AUGUUGUUGAUCAGACUACUGGGUAUCUUGCUCGUCCCCAUCACCAACACGUGGCUGCUCAACCCGGUUCGCUCCGAUGCACUCCGCCCGUACAAGCGCGCCAUGGCCCGGCGGGCAGACGGCGAGCUCUCCAGGCUAGCAGGUGAACCCUGCACCGUCUCCGGCGCCUGGAUGUCCCGGCGGCAGCCCCGCUCCCUCUCCCCGCCCCAACACCGCCCUCCAGCGGCCCGUCCGGGCACGCACACGAGCCCGAGAGAGCAGUACGCUGUUAAGAGCGCUCCCGCGGUCUGUGCAGGAGGGUGUAGGGGUGACACAGGGGCGCACCGGGUCGGGGAGAAGGGAGGCUGGGGCGGCACGGAGGAUGCGACCGUGGGAGCGCAGGGCGGAUACGUUACGUUGCCCAGACGGCUGCAUGCGAAACGCUCCGCAAAUGACAGGAGAGCCCCGAAUUAUGUCAGCCAGGACGACACACAGCUGCCCGGGAUGUCUGGGCUUAAAGACGCCGGGCAGAGCGCCUCCUCCGCGGGCCAAGCGCAGUCUCCACGCGGCUCGCGCUCCAGGCUCGCUCGCAGCCUCGGCGGGACGUUUCGGUACGACGAAGAGGGCAACGCCAGCUGGGACAGCCCAACAGACUCCGGGGGACUCCCGGCUCUCUACGGGCUGCAGCGGGGAGACGGGCAGCACCGGUCCGCGACAGGGACUGGCGGGGACGGCGCCGGGGACUACUCCGGGGAGGUGGAAGAGGCGGACCCGCCCGUCGGCAGCUCCUCUCCGUGGGGGAGCCCAGUGCCCAGGGUGCCCCCUUCGUGGAUGACCGCCCUGUACUUCAGCGGGCGUCGGGAGCAGCUGAAGGUGAAGCCGGCCGCAACGGUGGAGCUGCCGAGGGACCGGUUCAGCCUGGAGCUCUGGGUGAAGCCUGAAGGAGGGCAGAGCAACCCUGCAGUCAUAGCAGGUGUAUUUGACAACUGUUCCCAUUCACUGAGUGAGAAAGGCUGGUCAGUAGGCAUUCGCACUGUGGAACCUGCCGGCACUAAAGAUGCAAGGUUCUACUUCAUGCUGCGGACGGACCGAGCUGUAAAAUCUACCACUGUCUAUAGCCACCAGGGAUACCGAGCCAGUUCCUGGACUCACAUAAUGGCCACUUACAAUGGCCACAACAUGACCCUGUAUGUAGAUGGAGCUAAGGUGGGAGAAAGCAAUCUCCAGUCAGGAAAUCUAUACAGCCCCUUCAUGAGGACCUGUAGAACCCUCUUCCUCGGCAGUAAUCUAUCAGAUCAGGGAAACAGCUUCAGGGGCCAUAUAGGGGGUGUGGUUUUGUGGGACUACGACCGCUCUCACGAGGAGCUGCUGAAACGGCCACUUCAAACUGACAGGAGCGAGCCGGUCCUGGCGAUGUGGGCUGACUUCACUGAUGUGGAACAGCUAUGGACUCCAUAUAAAGUUGGCCACCAUCCGACCAUUAUAACCACUCCUGUGCCUGAACGAGAACUUGUUUCCUCAUUCCUGCCACCACUCUGCGGCCUGACAACCUGCGACAACAUUGACAUCAUCUUUGGCUACAACAACAACUGGCAGCUCCGUGCCCCCAAGCGUGUUCGCUACCGGAUCGUCAACCUCUCCAAUGAUGACGGUGGAAACCCCACCGUGUCGCAAGCUCAGAUCCAGCUCCAACACCAGGCUCUGACUGAGGCCUUUCGCCCCUACAACAUCACCCUAGAGCUGAGCGUACACACCGUCAGAAACUCCAGCCUCCAACAGAGGUUUAUCCUCAGCAACUGUCGAAUAGGAAAGAUUGGGAAUCGCCAAUGUGACCCUGAGUGUGACCAUCCAAGAACAGGCCAUGAUGGAGGGGACUGCCUCCGACUGGGGCCCUGCUACAACUGGAAGAGACAGGAUGGGGUUUGUAACAUGGAGUGUAACAGUAUACACUAUGACUAUGAUGAUGGAGAUUGCUGUGAUCCGGAGGUCACUGAUGUCCUCAAGACUUGCUUCGAUCCAGAGUCCCCUGACAGGGCCUAUAUGAGUGUAAAAGAGCUAAAGGAGGAGCUACACCUGAGCAGCACUGACACACUCAAUGUUUUCUUUGCCAGCAACUCACUGCGUGAAGAGCUGGCAGGAGCUGCAACCUGGCCAUGGGCAAAGGAGGCUCUUACCCAUCAAGGUGGGAUGGUUCUGAACCCGUCCUACUUUGGUACAAUGGGCCACCAUAACACCAUGAUCCAUGAAAUGGGGCACAUCUUUGGCCUGUAUCAUGUCUUCAAAGGGGUGAGCGAGCGGGACUCCUGUGAUGACCCAUGUCAGGAGACCACCCCGUCCAUGGAGACUGGAGAUCUAUGCGCUGACACAGCCCCAACACCGAAAUCCAAAGCCUGCCAGGAUCCUGGAGCCGUUAAUGAUACCUGUGGAGUCACCACGUACCAGGACACACCUUAUAGCAAUUACAUGAGUUACACAGAUGACAACUGCACAAACCAUUUCACUCCCAACCAAGUGGCUAGGAUGCACUGUUAUCUUGACUUGGUCUACCAGAAGUGGCUGAUGGACCGUCAACCUGUCCCCAUUCCUCUGGCCCCCAUGGUAACUGACCAGAGCCCAGAUUCUGUCUCUAUCUAUUGGCUGCCACCAAUAAGGGGACCACUUUAUCAAAGCUCCUCAUUCCACAUGUCCGUUAUCAACUGCGGAGACUGUGAGAAAGAUGGCGUUUUCCACCAGUACGCCUACGAGGCUACCUCACCUCGAAUCUGUGACACGUCAGGCUACUGGACACCUGAGGAGGCAGUUGGCCCACCUGAUGUGGAGCAGCCCUGUGAUCCCAGUCUCCAGGCGUGGAGUCCUGAGCUCAGCCUUUAUGACACGAAUGUGACAUCACCUUGCCCAGACACGGAGGGCUGCACCCUUACACUGAGAUUCCUGCACCCUAUUGUCCCACACGCACUCACCCUCUGGGUCACCUACAUCUCUUCCAACAACCCAGCCAUAGCCAACAUAGAGCUGAUAACAGAUAAGGGGAAAAGCAUUAACCUUGGAGCCCAGCACGUCUUCUGUGAUAUGCCCCUUACCUUGCGCCUUGACACUCACAACGCUGCCAUCGCCGCCAUAAAACUGUGCACCUUCGAUGAGAAGAUGGAGAUCGAUGCGGCCAUGUUGUCCUCAGGCCCCGACAGCCCUCUGUGCUCCAGCUGCCAGCCUCUGCUGUACUGGAUUCAACGGCAGCCGCCCUUCACCAGCAAAUCCCCAUCACCGCAGACCCAGCAGACAUUCACUGACAGCUCCGUAAAGCCGGGAGUCAAGUACCAGUACACAAUCCAGGUGGAGGCAGACGGUCUUCUCAGCGAUCCCUCCCCAAUUCUCCUCUACACCCAUGGGCAGUCCUACUGUGGGGAUGGCCUCAUACAGGGGGCAGAAGAGUGUGAUGACAGUAAUCUAUUGGAUGGGGAUGGCUGCUCUAAGAAAUGUCACAAGGAGAUGGGCUUCAACUGUAAUGGUGAACCCAGUCAGUGUUAUGUUUUUGAUGGUGAUGGUGUAUGUGAGGAGUUUGAGCGGGGCUCCAGUGUUCAGGACUGUGGUUACUUCACACCUUUGGGCUACAAGGACCAGUGGGCAUCCACUGCCACUGCUUCUCACGAGGAGCCCAACCACUGUCCUGCCCAUGCUGCCACCGGGGAGCCAUCACUUACUAAGCUCUGCAGGUACCAGCACCUAGAAGUGAGUGAGAAACUGCCCACCGCCUGGUUCCCUUGCACAGCCCAGUCCGACACAAAUAAUAACCCGAAACAUUCAUUUUGGCUGAAGGUGGGAUUUGUCCAUCCUGGAGUAGCAGCCUCUGUAAUGGUGUACUUGGCUUCAGACGGGUCAUGGCCUGGGGAAGAGUGCCGGAGGACAGCCACCAUCUUCCUGUCUGAUACAACUGGCAAAAACCACUCAAUAGGGACAUAUGACCUGUCAUGCCAUCGGAACCCAUUGGUGGUGAAUGUGACCCAUGACCUCUCUGAACCCUUCUUCCUCACGGACUCUGUUAUCCUCCUCCUCUCCUCCCCCUCUGUGGCAGUGGGAGGUGUGGCUUUGAGGACCUCCUGUCACUUCAGCACCUUCGCCCUGACCGGCUGUUUGCGGCAGCCAUGUCAGAUGGAAAGCUGUAGCCCUCCUCAGUUAGAGCAUGCCUCUGUCAGGUGCACAGGAGGAGGGGAGGCCUCUCGUUGCUCCGUCCAGUGUCACCGUGGUUUCAGUAUCAUCGUCCUCAAUGGCAGGAGAAUCCCACCUCACCAGAGAAAGACAGAGCUGGAGUGUUUUCAUGGUUCGUGGGAUCGUGCAGUUAGCUGUCAGCCUGUAGACUGUGGCCUGCCUGAUCAGUCUCAUGUCUACCAUGCUAUAUUCAGCUGCCCCUGGGGAACCACCUUUGGCAAACAAUGUUCCUUCACCUGUGGAUCACCAGCCAUGCUACAAGGUGACAGUGACAGGUUGGUGUGUUUGGAGGAUGGACUGUGGUCUUUCCCAGAGGCCUACUGCAAGAUAGAGUGUCCAGAGGUCCCAAACAUACCUGAUGCCAAGCUGCUUACAGCCGACUGUCUGGCCUUGGGGCAUGAUGUUGGCUCUGUGUGCCGUUACAAAUGCAACCCAGGCUUUUAUGUAAUAGGGAGCCUCAAAAAGAAUACACCUAGGAAGUAUUUCAAGUUGGAGUGCCUGGAAGAGGGGCAAUGGGAGGAAACCGGCUGUGAGCCAAUAUCCUGUCCAGCUCUAAACGAUGUAUUCCAGGGCAUGUACACCUGCACCAACGGCCUGUUCUAUGACACCCUCUGCACCCUACAGUGCUCGGAUGCAACAGAAAAUAGUGAGAUUCGCUGCACUAAGGAUGGUGAAUGGACAGCAGAGUUCACCAUGUGCUCCAGCCUCCAGGGAUCGUGCUCUCCUCCUUCUGAUCUCAACUCUGUAGAGUACGACUGUGACCAGGGGAUGGAUGUUGGUGCUAUUUGCCAUCCAACAUGCAUUGUGGCUCUGGAUGUGGAUCUGCGUGACCCUGUGGUUCUGCCCCAUGGCACUACAGCUGACUCUUUAAAGCACUGGAUGCUGCCCACAAAAAUCCAGAGCAUAGUCUGUACAGGGAUGAUGAAGUGGUACCCUGACCCUCAACACAUCCAUUGCAUCCAGUCAUGUGAGCCCUUUGGAGGGGAUGGCUGGUGUGACACCACCAACAACCGGGCCUACUGCCAGUAUGACGGAGGAGACUGCUGCCCGUCCACACUCUCCACCAGGAAGGUCAUUCAGUUUGGGGCGGACUGCAAUCAGGAUGAGUGCACUUGCCGUGAUCCAGACGCUGAGGAGAAUAAGAGCAAAGCCAAGCACUUGGAAGGAGGAGGAGGUGGAGCUGGAGGAGGAAUGCAAUAAGAUGGAGGGGUGAAAGAAGCGGACUUGUGUUAAACACAGUCAAACCAGAUUAUACACCACAAUAAACAAAGAAAAAUAUUCAUCAUACAUUUUUUUUAAUGAGAAGAAUGCAAUUGAAGUCAGAUUUCGUACAAUAAAAGGCCAUUUUCAUUUUAUCAUAAGUGAUCUUACUGUUAAAAAGCAUCACAUAUGAGCCAUAUUGGUUUAAAAUUUGAUUCUUGUGUUCGGUGCAGCCAAAUAACAUCCACACGUGGACAGAAUGUUUUCCUUUCCUGUUAAGAUGUUAAGGUUUAGCCACACUUUUGGAUUUGUGUAAGAGCAGAAAAUGGGAGCCUAACUGAGAAAACAGUGAGGUCUAGUUCAAAUAGGGUUAAAAGGAUGAAGGUUUAUCCACUCCUGUACAAAUCAAGUCAUCAUAAUUGGAUCAAAUCAAUGUUGUAAAUGGAUUCAAGUACUUUUCUGGACUUGAUUAGCCUUGGAAUAAAGAAACCAAAAGAACUGACUGUGCCUGAUAACCCCUUAUAGUAAGGGCUACCGCUUCUAAAUGUGUUUCCUUUAGCUUCCCAUUAGAGGAAAUUUAUUAGCAUCUCAUAGAAUAAUUUCAGUACCGCACUUAAAUCAUGCUGAAGCCAAAACAUGGACUGGUUGAUAUUUUCCUCCCUCGUGCUGAAUGGCAGUUCAGCUUUUACAAUUUGUCUGAUGGCUCCUCAAAACCAGAUGAGGACUAGUCAAAUCAAAUCUAAGUCAAAUGGGCAAAGGAAAAGAGGUGUUUCAUUUCUAUUCCACCUCAAAUGACCUCAGAACCAAAUUCCUUCCGUCCUCAAAAAAAAAAAAAAAAAUCAUCCCUAAUACUGAAAUGACUUAUAAUCUUCAUCAUCCUGCACCAGAUCCUUCUAAAAAACAGCUCUUUAUGACUUAUAGCUGUUAGGAAUGUAAGAGGAUACAUAUCUGUAAAGACCAACAUGUAUAGACUAAUAUAUUUGGAUCACCUACCAUAUCUACUAGAUCACUUAUUAGUCACACAAGUCAACACUUUAUUUAUAUCACAAAUCCAGUAAUACAAACAUUUAUUUGUACCACACAGCAUGUGCACAGGGCUUGCCAAAAGUGUCAUGUUUUUUGAUCGUAUUUACUCGAAAAAAUCUUGUCGGAGGAGUUAUGUCAUGAUGACAUAUCUCAUCUGACAAGAUUUUUUUUAUCUAGUGUCAUUUUAGGAGUUGGAAAUGAAAAAAACAAACAAACAAAAAGCAGCAGGGUCAAAUACAACCUGCAUAAUGUGAACACUAUUGUGUCAAAAUGGAAGAUCUAAAACAUCAGGAAUUUCCAUUAAAACGAGUAAUGUCAGGGCACUCCACAAAUCAGUGAAGAAGGAGUCCAAUUGAAAAGAUGCCGAAAAUGUAAUACUUUUGUGUUCGGAUGCAGUUGUGAGGUUCAACACGGACAUCAACUUUCUCCUGCAUGCAUGUUUGUACGUCAGAAAGGUUCUGGUACCCAUUAGCAAGAAACGAUGAAGUACGCCAUCCAAAUGUUGUAUCUAUGAAAGUAUAAUCAUCUUCCUUGUGAUAUUUUACAGUACUUUAUACUCUAU